CUCGUCAUAUCUCCCCGCUCACCUCAUAUCCCUCAACGGAACUUCUCAUCGUCUUUUCUCAUUCACACUCAUCGAGUUAUCACAUCGACCUUGUCUGCCCAUUCCGCUCCCACCCCUGCCUCAUCAUCUUCACGUAGCUCCUUUCCAGCUUAACUCUUCCCUUGUGGUUCUUCCCCACUCUUCCUAUUCGUUUACCACACUCAGACAUGGCACUCAACAACGGCAGCCCUGCUGAGGGUUCUGUAGCCGACAUGGCUAACAGCGGCCUAUUCCAAUAUCUCUUCAAGCAGGACUAUGAUUCCGACAAUCUUCCUGCUCCCCUGCAGGGUCCUUCGCAGGCCACGCCCAAUAACAAAGCCUCAUCCAGCUCAUCUACAGAGCGCACCUCAGAGAUUUUCAAGGAGCAGACAUCAAUACCUACUACAAUCCCGCUGGCAUACCCAACGCUACUGCCUUCGAGUUCGUUCUCAUAUCGCCAGAUCUCAACAGACAUGCCCCCACCUAUGCCCAGUCAGCAGUCAGCGUCGACUCUUCCAGUUGACGUUGAACCAACGACAUUGGGUGUCAACUCUCCGACGACUACUCCUCCAUUGUCUUCUGUCGCAUCCGAUUCGAUGGGUGUUUGGAUUCAACGGUUCCAGCAGCUGCAGCAAUUGCAACAGCUGCAUCACUAUCAACAGCAUCAGCUCCUGAGCUCAACCCUUCUCGCCAACAGCACACACGAGAGCACUGAAAGUACCCGCACACUAUCAUCUUCAUCCUCCAGUCCAACACAUCGCGACAGCUCCUCCGAAAGAUCCGUCUCCCCUUCUGCACAUUCACCAACGGAAGAGGGCGACAAGACUACAACCUAUCCUACUCCGCCCAUGAGGGACGACAUAUGUAUGGACAGCGAUUCAGAGGACCAUACCGCUCAUGGACCAGACCCGCUUAAACCCAGUGCCAGCGAGCUGAAAAUGAUGACUAGCAAAGAGCGUAGGCAGCUUCGAAAUAAGCUGUCAGCGCGCAACUUCCGCGUCCGAAGAAAGGAGUAUAUCAGCACGUUGGAGAAGCAGGUCAAGGAGGCACGCAAGGAAGCGGCAGAUCUCCAACGACGACUCAUUCAGUCUGAGCUCAAUUGUCAAUUUUUGCGGCAGGAGCUGGAAACCACUCGACUCUCUCAGUCGCUAUUCGCAGAUGGACGCAUGUCCAAGGAACACGCCAACUUGCUCGCCAGUCUCUUGAACCCAAACUCAGAGUCAUUUCCAACUACAAGGCUAACCACCGCCUCCAACAUCAUCACCGACAACAGUGGUAGCAGCAGCAGCAGCAGAAACAGCAGCGUCUUCGCUUCUGGCGCUCAGUCGCUGCCACAGUUCCAGCAGUCCGCCGCAUUCUUAAAUGCCAUGGCCUUAGGUAACAGCAGUAGCAGCAGCCUUGCCCUUGAUACCAACCUGCUGGCAGCUGCACCGCAGACAUCCACCUCUUCUAUGCUGGACGUGGCUCAGUCAACGCUUCAGCCAUUUGUCCCAUUCGAUGGAGACUGGGGGCUUCUUAUCAACAGAGCAGAGGUGCCUGAAUCGGCUAUUGAUAUCAAGGACGAGUUUUCGGCGCAGGCUAUUUAUCAGCAACUUCUCACUCGCUACGAGGCAGCCAGGCAAGAAAUAGAGGUGGAUGAACAGCUGCUUGCCGAGCCCAAGGUGUAUACUGGCAAAAAGCUCGCGCGAACGUACAUGGCUGCGCCCAAGGACGAGUCCCAGGCCGAAAUCAGCAGCAACAGCAGCGAGGAUGCGCUUCUUCUCCAGACUAUGGUCUACCUGAUGAUGAUCCAUGUGACUCAAUCGCUCUUCCAGGCAGCAACGAUGUCCAAAUCUGAACUUGUCGAUAUGUACCAGAAGAUGGAUGAGCCUCUCCGUACCAAUAUGCAGCGUCAAGGUCGCCAUGGAUUCCCUAAUUACAGCUUUUCAGAGUGCCGCGAAGCCUGGAUCAAGAAGUGCUGGCCAUCGUUCUACAACAACCGCAAGCGACUCGCAGAGCUGUUCAAGAAUGGACCCUGCUCGAACUGCUCGAAUUCGACAACUCAAAAGGGUCUGGAUGUGAUCGAGACUGUGCGCAAGAUGGAGGAGGGAGUGGCCAACAAGACGGUAGCGGUGCCGAAAGUGAAAUACUUUGUGAGGCACUAUAUCCCGACAUGGCUCAAGCGUUCCGAUAUCCUGGAGCGUGAGCGUUUGGAAGACCAGGCGAAGGCUCAGCAUAAAGCUAAUAGUGGCAAGGCGCCGGUUAAGGUUACUGCCACCUAGACGUUAAAGUCAUUAAGCCAAGCAAAAGGAUGCCGACCUGCUUGCAGUUCCUUGUAUAUAGCUCCCUGGAUCCAUCCUCAAUAGCGACAAUCUUGCGUUUUAAGAUACGCAUCAAGUAUUAUCCAUAGACAUCAUUAUCUCUUUAACUUCCAAUACAUAUCGAAUCGUGCUUUUGCUUAUUAAAAUGCUAUGGGAUAUUCAGCAAACAUAGAAGCUGCUUGCUUUUAACGGAACGA